AUGCAAUCGACUCCAUUUUCUACUUCGACAUCCACACCCUGGGUGACCACGAGUAAUUCAAAUGUAAAUACAAAUAAUUCGAGCUUUUGGUCAAAUGGAGGUUACAGAAAACGUAAAGCAGCUGCAACUGAUUUGGAUGAAAAAGUCAAUCAAAAAAUGUUUGUAACAGAAGAAAAAAUGGUUAAAGAGAUGCGAACACUAUCAUUAGAUCUAUUGCCUCCAGAUACCAACAACGUACAAGUAUCAGCUGACGAUUUUGUUGAAUCGAUUGUUGAUGAUGUACAAACUAAUAAUAGGGACGAUGAUGAUGAUGAUGAUGAUGAUGAUGAUGAAAAAGAAAAAUGUUCUGAAGAAACACGUUUUGAAUUACAUAAAUUAUUAAAAGAGAGUUUAAAGAAUGAUGAUUUACAAGAUAGUUUAAUUAGCAAACUGUGGGAAAUUGAACGGAAAAAAUUAACCAUGCAGCUAGUACCUUAUAUGCCAAUUCAUCCAGCUCAAUUGCAUAAUGAAAACGUCACAACAGAUAAUAAAACUAAAGAACCCGACGAAGAAAAAAUGAUUGAAAAUCAAUUUUCAUCUUCUGUUAUCUAUGAUGAAGAAAUUAAGAAUGAUGGUCAUCUUUUUAAAAUUCCAUCAAUACCAACACUUUAUACAGUCGAAGAACCACCAUGUGAUGGUGUUCUAAAACGAAAUCCAACAAUGAAACGAAGUUAUUCUCAGUCCAAUCAACAAAAUAGUAGUCUAUCAGUCACUGAAUUGAGACCAGGUGUGGAUGAUUUUUCAACUAUUGCUCAAUCACAAUCACCUUAUUUUAUUGUCGAACCAUCUUCGAAUGCUCUAUCGGAAUCACCAAAUCUUUCAUCUUCGUCGCUAUUAUCUGAUGGACCAUCGAUUCGAAUAUCAGAAGUUGCCGAUAAUCCACCAUCGAAUAAUGAACUUUCUAGUGUAAUCGAUGAUAAUGUUGACGAUGAUAUUGACAUGCAGUCAGUUGCUUCAUCGGAUACAGGUGAUAAAAUGGAUGAUGAAUAA